AGAAUUUUAAUUAAAGAAAAGGUAAAAGAAUCACCGCUGUAAAAUCAGGAUGGUAAAUACCUUACAGGGUAACCAGAUUCAAAACAUAGAGAAUCCCUCUAGGCAAAACCUUAAGUUACAAAAAGACAUAAAAACAGGAAUAUACAUUCCAUUCAGCACAGCUAUUUUACCAGCCAUUACACAAAAGGAAAUCUAAUGCAUUUCUAGCUAGAUUACUUACUAACUUAAGGAGUUAUGAAGAGCAUUCCUGAUCUGUUCCUGGCAAAAGCAUCACCCAGACAGACAGAUCCUUUGUUUCCCCUGCCCCCCCCCCCAGCUCUGAAAGUAUCUUGUCUCCUCAUUGGUCAUUUUGGUCAGGUGCCAGCGAGGUUAUCUUAGCUUCUUAACCCUUUACAGGUGAAAGGGUUUUGCCUCUGGCCAGGACGGAUUUUAUAGUUCUGUAUACAGAAAGGUGGUUACCCUUCCCUUUAUAUUUAUGACAAUCUGUAUCCACAAAAACAACAACGAGUCCAGUGGCACCUUAAAGACUAACAGAUUUCUUUGGGCAUAAGCUUUCAUGGGUAAAGAAGUGGACUUUUUACCCAUGAAAGCUUAUGCCCAAAUAAAUCCGUUAGUCUUUAAGGUGCCACCAGACUUCUUGUUGUCCUUCUGGUCUAUGCAGGAAGUCCUUAAUUGCACUGAACUCUUUUCUGCCCGGUUCCGUUGUAAAUUCAUAAACUAGUUUGCAAUGUUCUAGAAUGCCACGCAGGUCUCUUUCAACCUUUCUGCUUUCCUAUUGUCUUCCUCCCACUGAAUAUCUAUGUUUCAUAUGUUCUGCCCUGCUGCAUUAGUUUGCAUUUUUCCUCAGUGUAAUCCCAUUUGUGCAAUUUCCUGAUCAUGCUCUUUAUUUCCUUUGGUAUUAUUUCUCAUUUCUCAGUGAAAUAUUUCUCAUUUUAGUACAGUCUUCCAUUUUAACCAAUGUGCUAUUUAAUACCUCUUUCUAAUCAUCCUUAUAAAGGAUGUACCUAACACCCACCUCUACAUUUUGGUCCAGUUUAUACUUAAAAAGAAAAAAAGAGAGUUGUCUUUGCUUAUUCCAUUUUAAAAAACAGGUUCAGUCUGAGAUUCAUUUAAUUUUUUGCUUUGUCACUAUGGGCCUCACAAAAGUCCAAACUGGCUUUCCCCCCGCCCCGAAAAUCUUCCAGUAAUUAACACCAAGGAGCUUUAUAGGUAAUAACAACGCUGAUAUAGACAAGGCAUCAGCAGUCAGUGGUGUUUCAGCCAUUGCGUUGAAUAGACUUCUUCUGAACAGGGUAAAGCCUGGUCUGUGCUAGGAAUUUACAUCAGUAUAGCUACAUCUCUCAGGGAUAUGAAAAAUCCACAUCCCUGAGAUAUGUAGCUACACCAACCUAACCUCCAGUAUAAAUAAUGUUAGGUCGACAGUCAACCUGGCUACUGCCUGUCGGUGAGGUGGAUUACCUAUCAAACUGGGAGGGUGUAUCUAAUGGGGUCUCACAGGAAUCAGCAUAGGCGUGUGCAGCACAUUUCAUUAGGGUGUGCACCCAGGGAAUUUUUUUUUUUUAAGGCAAACAUUUAUUGAAUACUCAAUCAUAAAGGGAUAGCUCAGUGGUUUGAGCAUUGGCCUACUAAAUCCAGGGUUGUGAGUUCAAUCCUUGAGGGGGCCAUUUAGGGAUCUGGGGCAAAAAUUAGGGACGGUACUUGGUAGGAUGAUUUAAUUGGGGAUUGGUCCUGCUUUGAGCAGGGGGUUGGACUAGAUGACCUCCUGAGGUCCCUUCCAACCCUGAUAUUCCAUGACAAAGCCAAUUCUUGUUCAGAGUACAAAAUCGUGAGUCAAGGCGCUGUUGGGACAUUGUACUUAGUUUUUUACAUGUGCUAGUUUUGAAAAGGCUCUUUCACAUGAACAGCUUGUAACAAGUAAUACUGCAAAGCAUUGAACAGAUUUGUAAAAGGCCUGGAACAUGGAAGAUUGAUCUGAUUCCUUUAGCCAAUCAAGCCACUCUCUGGUGGUGUUCGUAGUGCUACCUUUAGGAACAGGUCCAUCAUAACCCCGAAGCAAUCCGACUUCAGCUUCCAACUCAUCCAAGGACACUUUAAAUUUGUUGGCAAUGAUUCUCAUAUCGUCCCUGCCAAUGUCUAAGCUCAGCAGUUUUCCCAUUGCAGUCACAAUUUUACAAGUCUCCUGUUCAAAUUGCUGGUAAUCAUUGAGUCUAGGAGUGGGUAAAAUGAAGUUAUUCUCUCCUGCUCCUCUUUUGUAUCAAAGUGAUGCUGGGACUCAAACACAUCAUCAAUAUGAGUGGACGUUUUUCUCUUCUUAACUGGGGGAAUCAAUAUAUCAUUCUCUACACCCAUUUUCACAUUGUCAUUGAAAACAGAUUGAAAAUACUCUGGGCCACUUCUCAUCACAGCCAAAGAGUUACGCAAGCUUUUCACCCCUGUCAUUGCAGUAAGUAAAUUGAGAUCUGGAGCUUGAAGAGCCUUACUCACUUUUACCACCAUCUGGAAAAUAGGGUGCUUCCUGUGAAGGGCAAAGAUGAACUUGAAUGAAUUUAGUUCAUGGAUAAGGCCCCUGGCUUUUAUUUUAGCGUCAGCAAGGCGAGUUGUUUCGAUAAUCUCUUGUAAAGCUUGUGAAAUGAUGGAGUAGUUUUGUUUUACAGCAGCCACUGCUUCUGCUCUGCAUGCCCAUCUUGUGUUUGAUAGUGACUUCAAAGUCUUCAACUGGGAUCCUACUUCUUGUGAAAUCUUCUCCAUUACUGUAUGUCGCACAGGAUUCCCCUCCAUGAAGGCAUAAAGAGUCUGAAUAACACCAAAAAAAUCAAAGAGAGUUCUGUUUUGUUUACUUGAAGUGCAUGCACCUACUAGGACGAGGUUCAAACAAUGCACACAGCAGUGUACACAGAGUAUUUCACUGUUUCUUUACAUUUCAUUUGAACUCCCGCAGCACAUCCAGACUGAUCGUAGAUGCCCCAUCAAAACAGACAGACAUCACUGAUGACCAGUUAAUUUUAAGAAUGCCAAGGAUGUCAUUUAGCUGGUCAAAAAUAGACUGAGCAUCAACUGUUAAUAGUCUCUGAACAGUCACAAAAUGUUCAACUGGACUAUGUUUUUCAUUGUCAAAAUACCGCACCACAACGGACAUCUGUUCAUGGUGUUCACAGUCAGUAGUGUCGUUGGCAAUUAUUGAGACCAUUUUUCCAUGUGGUGAAGACACAAUCUUUUGUUGCACAACGUUAUGCAAGGCCACAAUUAAAUCAUUUUGGAUGCGAUUACUCAGACAGGUAGCGUUUCGAGGAGAUUGUUGCACAUGUUUUGCCAUUACAGGAUCAUAUUUUUGGAGCAUAUUGACAAGACUUAGAAAUAAACCUUUCUCAAAACUGUCAGCUUUUUCAUUGUGACCCCUGAAUGGUCUCCCACCUUUCGUCAAACACAGAACAAUGUUAAUCAAUCACUCCAUUACAGUUUGGUUAUGGCACCGUUCUUCUUGUUUAGACAGAUAAGUCUGCUUGCUGUCAUCCAACAAUACAUCAAUAGGUUUCCCUUCAUUAAAACUUGACCAUGAAGAACAGCUCAACACAUGAGAUUUUGACAGUUGGUGGUUUUAAAAACAUUUGUUAGCCCUAUGCCAGUUUCUGAAUCCCUUAUCAAUAAAUGCUGGAUCAGUGUGACCUUUGUUUGCUGCAUCAUUAGAGAAGAAGAAACGGCAGUAAAAGCAAAAUGCUGCAUCCUUUGAUGAGCUAUAUUUUAACCACCUAUACUGCUCAUACUAAUCGGACUGAAAACUUCUUUGUUUAUUCCCUAUUUUACUUCUACGAAACAUGCUCAAUCUAGGCUGAUAAGGACCUCUAGAUAAUCAAGACCGAAGUUCCAAUCUAUUUUUUGGAAUAUCACAAACCGGGUCAUCAGAUGGAAUGUUUGAUGGCUUUGAAUAGGAAAUACACUGAUCUGAACUAAGAGACAAAGUCUGUUUCUGUUGGUCAUUACUCAGUUUAUUGCACUCACUGGAACUGGUGGCAGCAUUAUCUUCAUGUAAAUUCUUAACCGAGGUAUUUGCACUGCUAUCAGCACAUUCAUUAUAAUUCAGUUUGUCUGCUCCUUUUCUUAACAAUGAACUGAUCCAUAUUUUAAAAUUAAAAGGGGGUAUCAUACGAUUGAAUUAAAACAUAAAGCCACAGCCUUGUUAUGCUAUUUCAGUAGAGUACACGCAACAAAGAUUACAAACACUGUAGACACUGCGCUGGGCACACCUGAUGCGGCCACUUAUGUAGGUCAAAUAAUUUUCUAGAAUAGUAGUCGGAGGAGGAGGGGAGGACCAACGGUAAUGCGGCACCGCAGUAGUGGAGACGCAUGCUGCAAGCGAACGCAGGCUUUCUAUACAUUUCUACAACAUCUAUAGAACACAAUUUGGCGCUUAUUGCAUAAUACAACAAUCCAUACUUUAAAACUAAAAGAACGUAUCAUGCGAUUAAAUUAAAAUUCAAAGCCACUUUUUUUCAGACAUUAGGGCAGGGGUCUCAAUCUAAAAAUGACCACGAGGGCCACAUGAGGACUAGUGCAUUGGCCCAAGGGCCGCAUCACUGAUACCCCCAUCACUGCCCCCAGCCCUGCCCCCAGCUCUGCCCCUUCCAUGAGGCCCCGCCCCUGCCCUGCCUCUUCCCACCUCUUCCCUGUCCCCCAUUCCAACCCCUUCCCUGUAUUUUUACGUCUGAUUUUGUAAGCAAGUAGUUUUUAAGUGAGGUGAAACAUGGGUAUGCAAGACAAAUCAGCCUCCUGAAAAAGGUACAGUAAUCUGGAAAAGUUGAGAGCCACUGGUCUAGCAGGUUCCAGAGAAGCAGCCGUUUAGUCUGUAUCCGCAAAAAGAAAAGGAGGACUUGUGGCACCUUACAGUCUAGCAGGCAUUACUUGGGCCUGCUGUAGCACAGGGGGAGCUGACCUUCCACUACUUCUUGCCAUCCAUUCCAGCCCUACAUUUCACUGCAGUUUGUGCUACGCCACCAUAAACCAGGAUUUGUACUGGUGCAGCUUCCCCUCUGCUACAAACAGGCCCAGUAUAGGCAGCGCCUGAGUUAGGGCAGCUGCAACUUGCUCCAUUUAGACAGGCUCGUGCUUUGGCCGCGCCCCCGGAGAGGAAGCCCCUGGCCCAGUUCCACCUCAGCGGCCCCCGGCACGGCUCCCCGCGCGCGUGGUGCGCUGCCCCCAGCAACUCGCCCCGCCCCCGGCGGGCAUUCUGUUACAUUUACGCGGACGCUGGGGGGUCGCGAGGCUCAAUCUCGGCGCGAGCGGGCGGCGCCAUGGAGCUAACGGCCCCGCCGCGGCCCUGGGCCUUCCUCUCGCUGGCGGCCGCGGCGCUGCUGCUGCCGGAGCCGGCGGCUGGAAGUCCUUGCUUUUUGGACAAGACUCGCCUUAUAAAGAAAGGAGCUGCACGCUUGAAGCGAGAAAAUAUAGACAGAAUUCACGACUCAGUGGCCUUUUUUGAAACUGGUGGAGUCACAUCUAUUCCAGAUGCUCCACAAAUUUCUCAUCAAAUACUUGGAAUAGAAGGAUCAACUAUUCCAGUGUAUGUUCUCAUUAAUUCCAAAGACUUAAUUCUUAAGUGUUUGACUCAAAAGCUGUUAAAGCAGAGAAUCAUUGAUCCAAAAUAUCAGUGGGUUGGUCCCAUAGGACUGAUAACCAAAGAAUCACAAAGAUUUGUUUUAACUGAUGACGGUAGCCUGGAAAUUUAUAAUAUUCAUGGAAGUGACUCUGGAAGUUACAUUUGCACUGUCAUCUAUGUACAUAACAAUAAACAUGUGACAACAGAAAUCCGUUUCAUGGUCUAUGUAUAUCAUAAGCCAGGGAAAAGUAUACAUCUAUCAUCUGAAUUCAAAACAGAAACCUGUGAAACCAAUGCAGUCACUUCAUUUGAAAAACAACUAUUAGAAAAUAUGGAGAACUUAAUCCGUGAUCUUCAAUGUGAGAUCCGGCAGUGGAACUCACAAUGCCAUGCAGCUACAGAUACUAUGGCGAUACUAACACACAAACUUACAUUUCAGUUUGUGGUUUUUCCUUUUGCACUGGCAUUUGCAGAGCCCUGUAAAAGUUCAAAAUGUGAAAAUUCCACCAAUUACAUCAAAAAGGCAUACACUAGGAUUAAACAAUUCUUUGAAGUCCAAAAUACCGAAUCAGAUCACAUUCACCAGAUACAUUAUAUUUCUGGCUCCCUUACUGGUAAGAAGGUGGAUCACUGCAAACCAGGAUUUGGUAAAAAUAUAAACAACAGUACACUGUGUCCAGGAUGCUGUGUAACAUGCCCACCGGGUCGAUUCAGUGCAAGAUAUGAUACCACAUGUGUUCUCUGUGCAUCUGGAUCCUAUAAUAAGAAGUACGGGCAGACUGCAUGCAAAAACUGUCCAAAAACACAAACUAGUGAUAGAAGAGGAGCCAAAACUGAGAGAGAGUGUCACGGAACUCUGCAAAUCUGGAUUGUGUUCUUAAUUUCCUCCUUAGGAACAAGCCUUAUCCUACUGACAUCUUGGGUAAUAAUACAUAAAUGCUGUAGAAGAACAUUAGCAGCCCGAUAUAUAGAGGAAGCUGAAUCUGAACUUAAAACCAGACUGAAAACAUUUGCCAAUAUUGCAAGUGAUGCAGAGAUUGAAGAGCAAAGAAGUAAACUAAGAAACCCAGACAGAUAUGAGAGAAAGAAUCUGCCAAAAUAUAAAGUUGGGUUUAUAGAGGAAGAAUCCAUAGGAUUAUUAAGCAAUGAUGGCAUAACAGAGACAUCAACACCUGUUGGUUCAAAUCCAUCUCCUGACCGUACAUGGCCAAGUGAAGUAGAAACAAGCUUUGAGGAAGGCAGAUCACAGGGUACUUUGGGAGGAGAAGAAAUCCAUUGUGUUUCAAAAGGACUGGUUUCUAAUCCACAAAAGUUUAACACAAUGAAUCACAAAUUGUCUUAACUUCUCUGUAUUAUGUAGGGUGAAUUGUAAAACAAAGUCUUGAUCAUCUGUUGAAGAAUGUGGGGUUAAGGACCCUUAUAAAAAUAUUCAUGUCCAUAAGGAUACUGCAUUAUCUUAAGAGUUCUCAUGGUUAUUUGUUAUCUACAAUAAGGUGUAUAGUUUAUAGUGGUGUUUUCUGGCAGCUGGAAAAGCAAAAGCUGUUUAAAAGAUCAGCAUUCUCCUUCAGGCAGACAAUUGUCCUUAAAAACGUGUAGCACUUAUCAGAUUUCGGAGCUCCAUUCUGCUGAAGCAUACUGAACCUUCCCUUCUCUGCAGAAGCAUUAAAUACUUUCUACAGAAGUGUGUUACCAUAUAUUUUAUUGUUUUUUCAUAUGCAAGCUAUUCAGCUGUUUGAUAAUGGCUCCAAACUAAUUAAAUUUCUUACUUUCUAAGAACUCCACAGAACCAAAACAGAAGCUAAACAUUAACUGAUAUAAUUUGAUAUUAUGAUACAAUACUGUCAUGUUACAUUUUUCAUAAGCUCAGUGCAAACUACGUACAACUAUACAGUAUUUUAAUAUGUGCUGCAUGCUUUGCAGUGUGUAUUAGGCUCAGAAUAAAUUUAGAGAAAUUUAAAACUCACAUGUUAUGCCUGUUCAAAACUGAAGUUCAUGUGAACAAAAAGGGUAUUGGGACUUUAGUCGGUAGCAAAUCCACUGGAUGGUUUCAGUAUUAUGAAGGUGGGAAAUGUUUUGGUCUGUUAAUUUAUAUAAUAAAAACCAAGAAUUCGAAAAACAAAAUUCGGAACAGACAUCCUAUCAGAUAGUUCUUCAUAUUCAUUUAAUAUCAUUUGAACAUUUUCACAAUGAGCUAAAUAUUCAAAAUACUGCAUAACUGUUGUGUAGCUAAAAUCAGUUUUUAAUCCAUGGAAACCUAGAAUUUCCCAUUAAACAUGCUCUCUAUGCCAAAAAAUAAAUUAAAAUUAAGAAUCUUUUGUCUCCUCACCAUUCCAUCCAGUCAAACUGAUGACAUAUAACUGACAUACCAGGUAUGCAGCUUAAAUAUAAAAAUAUGCUCUUUCAGCUUCUGAAUUGGUUCCAUAAUUUGCAUAAUUUGCAUACGAAUGUCCAGUUUCAAAUGUAUUUGGAUGCCCAUAAUUUCAAAACAGGAAGCACAGAAAGUAAGCUGCCUCCAUGUAUUAUAACAAUAGCAGUAGAUUUCAAUGAGUUAGCCAAACAUAAGGAGCAGACAAAUAUUGGAACCCCUUUUUCCAAACAGUUUUAAAACUGGGGUGAGUCACACACACACUAGGCUCUGCAAUGACUCAUAGUCAGACCUACCCUUGGAGAGAUGGGAGAAGCAGCAUGAAACAAGGAGUGGAUCCUGGAGACAUACCUGUACAGUGGAUGAGCAGGUAUAAUGCCUCAGAAGUGGUUGGCAGGUCAAUGUUAGAGGAUUGUUGUUAAACCUGUUCUACAGAUGUAGCCUGCAUUCAUUCAUCCCAGUGAGGGAAUAGGUGAAGUGCACAGAGCUACCUUUUAGGGGUACAAAUAAACUUUUCAAAGAAAAUGGGUGUGGGUAAAGUCAAAUCCAGCAGAGCAAAAAUAAAUUAUUGAAUCCCACAAGUACGGCAGACUAGAUUACCUAAAAAUGAAAAAUAUGUAGUUGAAACAAUGCUUUACCUGAUCCAGACGGAAGAAGCAGCCUUGCAGUCUAAUCUUCAAGUAGGAAGCACCUAGGCCCCAAUUUUGCAAAGAACUUAACCAUACAUAACUUUGCUCAUGUAACCUGUUCCAUUCCAUUGUUAAACAGUGGCCAACAGGCUUGUUGAAACCCCUAAAAUAGCAGUUUGUGAGUGUUAACAAAAAUAUGAACUUAAGAAAUGAUUCCAAGGAGAAUCUGUCUCCAUGAAAGUUACAACUUGAUAUACAGCUGCAAAAGCAAGGCCUGCAUAAAUGUCAAAAGGAUCAGUAGCCAUAUAUAGGCAAUACAUUUGGAGAACGCCAUUUGCUAGUUAACCUUCCUUUUCCCACCAAGAAAUGUCUAUGCAGAUCCCCAGUGUAGGACACUGACAAUACAAUAAGUCAGGAAGAUGACUGAAGAGUACUCAGUUAAAAAAAUUAUUGAAGCACCAUUCUCCUGAACCAAGCAUUAGUGCUAACUCCAACUUUGAGCCGUGGAGCUUGCUCCAAACACAAGAAAAUAAUGUUUUGUGAAUGUGUCAAUUGAGUCGUGUCAGCCAAACAAUGGGAAGAUUCCACAGUUUCUCUUGUUUUUCAAUUUUGCCUUACGUGGUUCCAGUUCUUUAAUUUGACCAAACUGGAUUUUCACUGACAUUGUGAUAAAAACGUCAUCAACCUGUAACUUGUCAAGCUCACCUGAAACCCAUAUUUACAGUCUCCAGAGAGUACACUUUUUUCUUUCUCUGAAGGAGUCAAAAGGCUUGUAAGAAUCUGAGAAAUCUUCCACCAAGUAAUAAUAUGCUUUUAAAAUAAGUAUUUCCUUGUUUUGAUCCAACAUUGUGGGGGAAUAGCCUAAGACCUUGUAGUUUCCUAGGAGUCUGACCAUCUGUUGUUCUUCAAGAUUUCAGAAUCUUCAGCCUCAGUGAACAUGUACUGAGAUGGUAUGCUGAACUGUUUACUCUCUAUCUAUUCAAAGAUCUUCAGUAUUUGCUCAUCCAACACACACUUUUAAAAAGGUGCAUUAUACAAACCAUGAUUUGUGAAUCUACAAGUCCUUGGGACUUGACUUCUGCUCCUACCAGAUUGAAUCUCUGGGGGUAUGUUUUCUGCACUCUCUGUCUCAUUGAAGACUGUUUUCUUCAUGGCUAUAAAAUCAUACAAGUGCCACACAUGCUAUCCCACAAGGAAAAGAUGGUUUUAAGGCCUCAUCCAAAUUUUUUUAAAAAGUGUAAAUAGAUUUUCAUAUAUAUUAUAUAACUCCCCAUUUUUCUGUAGACCCCAUGAUCUGCUGAAGCAAGAUUAUAUAGGCUAGAUGUUGAAAGGUUGUUUCCUCAUUUAUUUGUUAAAAGCUAAGGCAUUCAAAUAAACCUUCCCAAUUGUUCGCAGCUUUUGGUGAGAAGUCUAAAGUCCGAAGCCUUUUGAGUUCAAAAUCUUGUCAAGCGUACUAUGCUGUUAUCAACACACUGGAAGACUCCCAGAACCAAAUGGAUUAACAGCAUGUUCUACAAAAGAACGACUGCAAUAGUUGUUUGUAUCAAGAGUAUAUUUAUCAAUACCUAUAUCUCUAUAUCAGUCUUUCCAGUGACAUUUGGUGGGCGCACUCAAGCAGAUUGCCUACACGUGCAUCCAAUUGCCAGAAGUAUGCUGAAAUUUGCACUGAGCAAGAGGGUACUUUAAUCAAAAUAUAGCAUGCUCUUUUCACAGCAGACUGUACAAAGAUGACAUACACUUAUAAAAGCACUUGGAGGAGGUUUCAGAGAGACAUGUCAGAUUAUAAAAUGAAGUCAAUGGGACUCUGCAGGUGUAAGAACCUGACUGUAUCAAUCUGCUUUGCAGAACUACACCCAACAUUUUAGUUAAUUCUAUCCUUGAUCUUUGUGCAGAUCUCCAGCUGAUAGCUGGAAGAUCAUCUGUGGACUGAGGAUUAUAUCUGACUGUAAUUUUGCAAACCUGGAACAUAACAACAAAUGUAAUUCAGCUCUCUCCACGAAAUGAGUUUGACACUCCUGGUAUAAGGCGAAUACAAAAUGUUUAGAGACCAAUAGAGAGACUAUACAAAACUACUGUAGGAAUGGUAACUUGAAAUUUACUUACUUUGGCAAGUUUUAAAAUCUAAAGAUUGCAUAAAUGUAUAUUUUUGCAUUUAAUUUUUUCUAGGUUCUGUAUCUGAAAGCAAACAAAAACACGCUGAAAUAUGUGGAGGGUUUUAUAAAAUUGCAUAUAUAUUUUUAAGUAUACAUGAGAAAAUAGAAGUUCUUUAUUAAAAUAAAAAAAGCUUUGAUACAUUUGCACUGAAAAUAUUUUUAACAGAAAAUAAUUGCUACAAACAUGCUACAGUAACAAACAAAAUGUCCAAAAAGUUUUCAGUGCCUUCUUUUAAAGUUCAACAUUUUGGCAAAAAAGUUUUUCUGUAAAAACUUCAAAAGUUGGCUACUAUAAUACUGAUACAAAACACUUCAUGUAGAUUAAGUUCAUGUGCAUAAAACACAGUAAUUUUUAAUGUAUUGUUUGUAUAAAAACAACAUAUUUAAAGUGUAAAUUUCAUUAGAUAACAUGCAAAUACUGCAAUAUUUAAAAUGGCACUUAUAAAUAGAGGCUUUAUAAUUUUGUAUCCAAUAAGAAAAUCAGAUAGAAUACAUGGUAUUUGCAAUAUACAGAACUGUAGAAAUGAAUAUAUUUGUCCAUUUCUUAAUGUAAAUAAGGUUCUGGCUUAGAAAAUGAUUGUCAUUUUACAAACAUGGGGCCCAAUAUCCUGCAAGCACUUAAGCAGGUGAGUAAAGCUACUCAAAUGUGUAAGUUUGCUGGGAUAGGCCAUGGCUAUUUAGCUUUCUUCAUAAUAAAAUAUAAGAUAAUAUACUCACACAUAAAAUUACUCAGUUCAUUUUUUGGUAAAUUAUUUAAGUAGCAGCAAUUUUUGUUUCUUCCAAAAAUUGAUGUUUAAAAUAGGUGCAUGCUUCUCAUAAUUCUCAAUGAUAUACAUCUGAAUAAUAAACAAAAAACACUUUUCAAAAAUCUCAAUACAUUUGUUCACUGCUGAAAAUAAUAGAAUUUAUGUGUAACAACUCCCUUUUCACAGAAUCACAAUUUUAGAGAUUUGUACAAUAUUUUUAAGGUAUGCGUGCAUAAAGAAAAUGAUUU